AUGAUUGAAACAUGCUCAAAAAGAUGCAUGUUAUUUGGAACCGUCUGUUUAGGAGUAUUGACGAUAAUGGUCUUGAUAUUAGAGUCACAUUUAGCUGAUUCUUUGUCUGGCAGUCACAAAAUGAAAAAUAAAACUUUCCCGACAGAGAAUAACUCAACUUGUUGGCAGCAUCAACCUUUCACCAUAAUUAGUGAAUGCCAUCCUUGUUCAGACUUUGAAAUAAGAAGUAAGAGUAUAGGAGUUUGCAUACAUACUAGCUUUAAAGAGAUAUUAAAAUGUGAAAAUGGUGAAACUGUCACUAGAAGUUGUGAUCGAGUUGCCUACUUAGAAGAGAGAGCAUAUUGGAAGUUUACAAUAUGGUCCUUUGUAAUUGGUGCUGCAUCAUCAAUGGCUGUCAUGUUACGAUUGAGAGUUCUAAAUUACAGAGCAAAAAGACGUGCAAGACAGGUUCUUAGCAAUGGUUCCAUUAAUUAA